UGUGUUCAGCAGGGAAGUGCAGGGCAGAGUGUGAAGGCUGUCCCGGCUCGGAGAAGACAUACAGCUGACUGGAGAAGAAGUGAAGAGACGGCUGGCAGCAUGGAGCUGAUCACCGAGCUCUCCGUGGAGUUCUCCCGCCUGUCUAUGUUCCCUUUCUUCGAUGGAGCUCAUUACUUGGUGUCGGUCUUGUCAGCCAGGGAGCAGGCAGGUGCUGUUGAUGUGGCAUCGCGAAGUCCUAUGGCAUCUUGGUUUAGUGCCAUGCUCUGCUGCUUUGGUGGGGGAAUCUUAUCAUCUUUAAUGCUUGCAGAACCUCCCAUAGUUAUCUUCUCAAACAGCACUAAUAUCAUUUUUGCAUCUGUGAUUUGGUAUAUGGUAUAUUACUUUCCACAUGACCUGGUCUACAGAAUCUUCAGCUUCCUACCUCUCCGAGUUGCUGCUGCAGCAAUGAAGGAAGUGACCAGAACUUGGAAGAUCUUAUCUGGAAUCACACAGGCACAUAGCCGUUUUAAGGAUGCCUGGCUUGUCAUGAUUGCAAAUGGCUGGGCUAAAGCUGCAGGUGGUGGUCUGAUUUCUAACUUUGAACAACUAGUCCGAGGUGUCUGGAAACCUGAAAAUAAUGAACUACUGAAAAUGUCAUUUCCUGUUAAAGUCAGUCUAUUUGGAGCUGUUUUGUUCACGCUGCAACAAAUUCAGGUUCUCCCUAUAGCAAGAUACCACCUUAUGUUUAUCUACACCAUGUUUCUAAUUACUACAAAGGUUACCAUGAUGAUAACACGGACUUCCGCUUCUCCAUUUCAACCCUUUGAAAACGUUAUGAGUCGCUGGCUGUUCGAGCUGCAGAAAGCCCCAACAGCAGCUGAAAAAAGACCCCUAGCCAAUGACAAAGUAGAGCCAGAAGUAAAAGAAAAAUCUGACAAGGAAGUUGAUGGCGAGAAAAAUCCAGAUUCCAGUGGAACCACAAGAAAGAGAUCUGUUAAAAAAGUAACUGAAACUGACUGAUAAACCUGGAAAUACUUGGUUGUUCAU